AUGGUCCUCCUUACACACUCGACCGUCUCGGUCAUUGUCUCUGGUGGGGUGGUCUGCAUGUUCACAUUCCUGCUCUUUCUCUCGGGAUACGUGCUACAACAGCAGUCUGUACGGUCCAUACAAGAAGCCAUUCGACGACCGCCUGAACGAAAGCCCGUGCCUACUUUGCCUCCUCAGUUUCAACAUGAAGACAAUGAGACUGUGCCGACAGCGUUAGAACAGCCUCAAGACGGUUCGCAGUCUGUUAUCGUCGUUGACGGUAUUGAGAGGUCCGGAAGCGAAGGAGGACUGAUGGACUCGGGCCAGGUCCAGGUGAUCAUCUCAGGCAAGAAACAAGCUCCCUUGGACGCCACUCCAGACCUGUCGGAAUCAACUUCGAGAGACGAAACGCCGCUCCAGCGUCUUGCGUACAUGUUCGCCCUCCUUGAGCCACACCACCUGUGCUCGGCCCUCCUUUUCGCAAAACAACAGCGGUCGUCCACGCGGCUGUCCAAAGAACCAUCGAUCGUGCUCCUCUAUCCAUCCACGUGGGAAACCGAUUCCUCUCCCCUUUACAUAUCAACGUUGAGUUUCAUGCGCGAAAUCCAGGAGCUGCACAACCUCAUAUACCACCCCGUGCGGAUAUACGAUGCAUGGGAGGUCAGGUCGCAAUUACUGGGAGAAUUGCAAUGGGGGCGGUGGGACUAUGACCAAGCACUGUUCUUACGCUCGCCGGGAAUGGCGCUCGAUAGCAAGGCACUGGACGCCGCAUUAGCGUCUUCUGAUAUAAGGCAGACAUGGGCGCCGUUGAAUCCUUCUUCAGGAGACGACCCAGAGCUCUUGCUCAUCACUCCCAGGGGUCUUCAAAGCCCGAGGAGGGAAACGAAGAAGUUGGUGUAUUCCGUUGCCACGGGUGACGACGGCGCGCACAUACAACAAGCGGGGCAGGAACCUGCUUAUGUGCUGCUUGAUGACCAAGCCUUCGGUGACGAAGUUAACGAUGUGUGGCACAACGAAAUAAAGCGGAAGUUUGACCAAGGGACAAGCAAUGUUUGUGGAGGCAGCGGGCUCUUGGAAGAAAGUUUGAAAUUGGCGUUGAACAAAUCUCUGUAG